ACCCACUCAUUUUCUCUCCGCAUUUUCCCACACUUUCCCUCGACCCAAACAGCCAAGAAACGACACCAUCAUCAGAAAAACUUCGCUAAAACCACUUCCAGAUAUGUCUUCUGAACUUCUAUGUCGGCAAUGCAGCAUCCAAUUUUCAUCCUUUUAGCUUUUCUACAGUGAUGACAUUCUCACUCCGCAGCACUAACUCACCCCAAAUAACUCUUGACCUCUUUUCCUUUCCACUUCACUGAUAUCAAACAAAUUACUGCAUUGAUAUUCUUCAUUUCAGUUCAGGGUUAACCCUAGAACCGUGAAUUCUGAAAGAUUAUAGCGUUGGGUCAUUUGGGAAUUUUGUUAAAAUUUUCAGUGCAGUCUGAAGCUAUAGAUUGGGAGCUUUUACGGGGAUUUUUGAGAUUGAAGAAGAAAUUGAGGGGAAAAUGUCGGGCCCACCCCGGGUCAGGUUAGUGAACAUAGCGACGGAGGUGGAGGCUAGGUCCGUUCUGGGUCCGGCAGGCAACAAGGCGCCGCGGAAACCGGCGCCAAAAUCGGUCAAGAAACCUGAAAAGCCGGUACAGGAAACUGGAGCUAAGGAAAAAGAAUUACAAAGUCCAAAAAGUCCAGCGCCGAAGCCUCAAUCAUCGUCCUUGACUUCAUCGAUUAUGAGGCAGCAACGGGAGGGGCGGGUGACUAACUUUUCGAUGAACGCUUCCUACUCUUCUGACGGAGCAUCUUCUUCGGGCUCUUCAUCGAGUGGAAGGGCGAGGGUAGGGCGGCGGAGCGGUGUUGUGGUAAGGAGAAAGCAAUGUGAGGGGGAAGUGGAGAAAGAUGAGUGUGGGAUGAAGGUGGAAAAGAGUCAGAGUGAAUUGGUGGACUCAGAUGGUUUUAUAGAGGGGAAGAAAAGGUGUGCCUGGGUCACACCAAAUACAGAUCUUUGUUAUGCUGCCUUUCACGAUGAAGAAUGGGGAAUUCCAGUUCAUGAUGACAAGAAACUUUUUGAAUUGCUGAGCCUGUCAGGUGCUUUGGCUGAACUUACAUGGCCUGCCAUUCUUAAUAAAAGGCAUAUAUUUAGGGAAAUCUUUUUGGAAUUUGAUCCCAGUGCUGUUUCCAAACUAAAUGUGAAAAAGAUAGCUGCUCCUGGAACUCCUGCCACCUCUCUGCUAUCAGAGCUAAAGAUUCGAGGCAUCAUUGAAAAUGCACGUCAAAUGUGCAAGGUGAUAGAUGAGUUUGGCUCAUUCGACAAGUACAUUUGGAACUUUGUAAACCAGAAGCCAAUAGUAAGUCAAUUCCGAUAUCCACGGCAGGUGCCAGUUAAGACUUCAAAAGCUGAAGUGAUUAGCAAAGACCUGGUAAGAAGGGGGUUCAGAAGCAUAGGGCCAACAGUUGUUUACUCUUUUAUGCAAGUGGCUGGUCUAACUAAUGACCACCUCAUUAGUUGCUUCAGAUUCCAUGAAUGCAUCAAAGGAUCAGAAGCUGGAGAAAAAGAUGAAAGCAAACCGAAGGCCGAGAAGAAAAAACCUGAGGAUACAACUGAUCUGGUAUAAGACCUGUGGUCUGUAGAUAUCUCGAGUUCCUUUGGACGUAGAUAUCUGUAUCGGGGUUUUUAGUGGAGGGGUUGCAACUUUAUCUGUUUAUUGGGAUUUUGAUACACAUUGCGUGGCUUGGUGGAUCGGUUGCAGGGGCUGGUUUGUGUAUAAAUGUUUUCCCAUGUUGAACGUAUCUAGAAGUAUUUUGCAUUUAUAUAUGUGAUUGACCAACGUGCAAGAUUCAUUCUCCAAACACAUUUAGUAG